CUAAGGAACUUGUGGAUUUUCAUUUCCCUUAUUUAAGGGGGUUACAAAUAUAGACACACCCAAGUAUUUAUAUAUAUUUUCGGCGAAAAAUAAACCCAAAAUUCGCACAAUGGAACCGGAAACCAAGCCAGUACACUUCAAGGAAGUGCAAAUCGGUUGCUACAAGGUGAUACGAAAGAUAGCCUGUGGCUCCUUUGGUGAUAUAUACCUGGCUGUUUAUCCGCACAGCGGGGAAAGGGUGGCCAUCAAGGUGGAGAGCACCAAGGUAAAACACCCCCAACUCAUGUACGAACGCCGCGUAUACAAGGCCCUUCGCUCUGCUCCUGGCCUGCCCAUGAUCCGUUACUUCCACAAGGGUCCCAACUACCAGGCCAUGGUAAUGGAUCUCCUGGGACCCUCGCUGCAGCGGCUCUUUCUCUUCUGCGAACGUUACUUCACCAUGAAGACGGUGCUGCUACUGGGCGAACAGAUGCUCCGUAGGAUCCAGUAUGUCCACGAUCGUGGUUUCCUGCAUCGCGACAUUAAGCCAGCAAACUUUGUAAUGGGCGUAGGGACAAAGAACCGGCAAGUCUAUCUCAUUGACUUUGGUCUGGCCAAAAAGUACAUGGAUAUAUCGACCGGAGUGCAUAUACCAUAUCGCGAGGAACGUUGCCUCACCGGCACUGCCCGCUAUGCCUCCAUUUGUGCCCACGAGGGCGUAGAGUCCUCGCGACGCGACGACAUGAUGUCCCUGGGCUAUGUGCUUAUGUACUUCAAUCGCGGCUCUCUGCCCUGGCAGCGCAUCGAGGCCUCCACCAAGCACCAGCAAUACGAGCGGAUUUUGGAAAAGAAAAUCUCGGUGAGCAACGAGGUGCUGUGCGAUGGCUAUCCCGGGCAGUUCACCAUGUAUUUGGAUUUGUGCCGCGGCAUGGGUUUCGAUGAGCGACCCGAUUACGAUGAGAUCAUCCGUAUGUUCCAGAUGCUACGCACUGGCCUCAACCUGCAGGCUGGUGUGGUCUUCGACUGGGAAAUGCUAACGGUGGCAUAUCAUGGCAGGCAACAGAAUCGUGGCAUUGGCAAGCGGGUUUGGACAGAUAAGGAGCCCACCGAUGAUGGCAAGAGCGGCGAGCCGAUAGUCAAGGAUGAGGUUAUAGUCUAUGGGACUUAUAAAGAUUGGAAAGUGGAUUUAGCGGAAAAUAAUAAAUGAAAAUAAAUUCGAAAAGUAUUCAAAGGGGAAA